AUGAGUACAUCAAGUAAUUUUAAUCAAGAUUGGACAAAGGAGAAAUGGUGUAAUGGAGAUGGAUUCAUUAUUGAAGGAACCGUUAAAAAGGUCAAAGUACAUUCAAUGUUUAUCUCUUCAAAGCCUGCUGUUCAUCACACUCCACUACCUACUAGAUUCGUAUCGAUUACAGUUGAAGUAGAUCAAUGUAUAAAACGUAAUUACAAGGAUGGUGUCGAAGUACCUCCCAAGAUGGUUCGUGCCACUGCCAUUGCCAAAGGCUACCUAAACAAAUUUGAACGUGUGCAAUCACAACUCGUCGAAAAGGUUGAUUCAAAUGCUUUGGCUAAAGCUGUAGGAUCACCAACUGGUAAAGCUCUCCCUAUUGGUUUUCACGAUGAUUCUCUCCCUUCCCUUCAUCCAUCAACUCCCAAUAUCUUUGAAUUUUGGGCUGAUGCUGAAAAGUUUUCUCAUAAAGAUACUAAAGUUGGUGAUGAAAUUAGAAUUAAAACAAUUGGAAAUUCAAUCUUUUUAGAAUCUGUUGUAAAGAUGGAUUCACAACAAAUCAGUAAUUUUAGUGGUGAUCAACAAUUAGGAUCUAGUUGGACAAAUCAAAUUAUGAAACAUGCAGAUAAAGAUGAAGCACCAUCCAAGAAAUUCCAACCAACCAAACAAAAAGAAUUUCAACAAGAUGAUGAUGAAGAACAAGAUUGGAGUUAA